AUGCAAACACGAGCUGCCAGUGAAGAAGUCCCUGCAGCUGUCUUGCGUCGGCUUCACUGGACCGGCCUCAUGUUAACGCUACAGGACGGAAGCAGUGCAAAGUUGGAUGAUGCUGGACUGCUGCCGGUGCUCACAUUGGGCGACGAGUGCCUUCAUGGGGGACGCUUCUUGGUCGCGUGCCUUGCCGCCUGUGUAAUUGAUGUCAGGCAAGCAUCCACGGAGUAG